AUGCGGCGGGCGGAGCAGGGCGAGCAGCUCGCGGACCCCGGGAGCGGCGUGCGGACACCCCCUUCCCGCGGCACCGCGGCGGGCGCGCAGGCUGUGGCCGGCGGACACUCCACCCUACCCCACCCCCCGGACGGGCCGGCGCGGGCCUUUCCCCCGCGCCCCCUCCCCCGCCGAGCCGGGCAGAGCCGCAGCGCCGCCGGGAGAGCGCCGGGCGCGGGCGGCGGGUCGGGGCGCGGGCGGCGGGGCAUGGCGCGGAGCCGGCCCGGGCGGUGCGGGCGGCGCGGGCGGUGCGGGCGGCGCGGGCGGCGAGCGCUGCUGGCCUGCGCGGCGUGGACGGCGGGCUGGGUGCUGGCGGCAGCGCUGCUGCUCCGCGCGCACCCGGGCGUCCUCUCGGAGCGCUGCACCGACGAGAAGAGCCGCCGCAUCCUGGCCGCGCUGUGCCGGGAGUACGAGGGCGGGGUGCUGGUGGGAGACCUCUGUGAGGACCUGUGCGUGGGGGAGAAGCUGCUGUACCAGCGCUGUUUGUACUACGAGAGGGGCAAGAAGGUGCUGCAGGCCGACUGGCGUGGCCGGCCCAUCAUCCUCAAGUCCAAGGAGGAGGCCUUCUCCAGCUUCCAGCCGCUCGCUCUGCUGCAGGACGCGGCCGACGAGGGCAGCCAGGACUUCCCCGAGGCAGAGCUGCUCCUGCUGGUGGCCGGCGAGGUCAAGAACGCCCUGGGCCUGGAGCUGUCGGGCGGCAGCCUGGGGCCGCUGUGGCCGGGGAGGCGCGGCCCUCGCUGGCGGGGCCAGCUAGCCAGCCUGUGGUCCCUGCUGCAGCAGGAGGAGUUCGUCCUCUUCAGCCUGCUGCAGGACCUGAGCCGGCACGCCCUGCCCGUGCUGGGCUCCUGUGGCCACUUCUACGCGGUGGAGUACCUGGCCGCCGGCAGCCCCCGCCACCGGGCCCUCUUCCCCCUUGACGGGGCCACGGGGGCCCCCCGGGGCGGCCGGGGCCAGGCCAAGGCCGUCAGCGACAUGGCGCUCAGCUUCCUGGACAUGGUGAGCCAUUUCGAGGACGACUUCUCUCACCGCCUCCACCUCUGCGACGUCAAGCCUGAAAACUUCGCCAUCAGGAGUGACUUCACGGUGGUGGCCAUUGAUGUGGACAUGGCCUUUUUUGAACCUAAAAUGAGGGAAAUUCUCGAGCAGAACUGCACGGGAGAUGAAGACUGCAAUUUCUUCGACUGUUUCUCAAAGUGUGACUUGCGCGUCAACAAGUGUGGAGCAGAAAGAGUCAACAGCAACCUGCAGGUCAUCUGUGACAAGAUAUUCCGCCACUGGUUCUCCUCGAGUCUCUGGAGCUCGGCCUUAUCCUUCCCGCUGCAGCGGCAGUUGCGGGAGGCGGUGCAGGAAUGCGCGGACCCCGGGCGCACCGCGCGCAGCCCCCCGAGAGCAGCCCCUGACGUGUUCUGGAAGCUUCGGCGCCUCCUCCGAGAGACGCAGAGGAAACUGCAGGAGGCAGAGAAGUAGCCACCGCUGUGGCCUUGGGUGGGUUCCCUCUGGCUGGUUGUAGGGAGGAGACAUUCCUCUGGGCCAGCGACCGCCCCCGCAGGUGUCCCUGUGCUCUUCUGCGGAGCGAGUCGCUAAUGCUCUGUGGGCUCAGAGCGUUUCUCUUUUGCAGCCUCUCAGUCAGGAAACAGCGCAGACCCAAGGAGCCAUUGCUCUGAGGAGCGUGCUGGCGCUCAGGGCAGGAGAGUUCCAGCGGGCCUCCCUGCCCACGUGACCGCCUUUCUAAACGUGUGCGUGAGUGUGUGCACACGAGCAAGUGUCGGUGUUUGCACAGGUGCACUUGCACGAGUGUGAGUGCGGGUGUGAGUGAGUUGUACCGGCAUGUGCAUGCCUCCGUGAGUGUGAGCAGGUGAGUGUGUGCGGCUCUGGGGUAAGGGAAGGUGGUUUCCCCAGCGUGCCUUUCUGGGUCAGCUUGCCUGGCUGGAAUUUGGA